CGCCCGCGCCCGAGCGAGCCGCGAGCAAUGCCCGCGGCGUCCUUGCUGUUGUAGGUGGGCGUGCGGGCGGCGGAGAUCGAUUGGCGCGCGGCGGCGAGGCGAGGUGGAGGGGGCCGGGGGGAUGCAUCCGAAGCCGGAGGGGGACGCGGCGGCGGACGUGGGCGGGGGCACGGCGGCGGAGGUCGGGUCCCCGCGAUCCGGCGGCUACUUCCGGCAGCGGAGCAUGUACGCGGCGGAUCCGGACGGGGUGGGCGCCACGCCGCGGAAGGCGUUCGACGUGGAGAACCCGCCGGGGGGCCUCCGCCCGAGCGAGUCCGUCACCAAGCUGGAGUCGCUGGAGCGGGCGGAGCGCGCCGCGCUGGCGCCGGCCGUCGUGCUCAAGACGGGGUUCUACAUCCUCGUCUGGUACGCCUUCAGCACCUGCCUCACGCUAUACAACAAGACGCUGCUCGGGGACAAGCUGGGCAAGUUCCCGGCGCCGCUGCUGAUGAACACCGUGCACUUCGCGCUGCAGGCGGGGCUCUCCAAGAUCAUUAUGCACUUCCAGUCCAAGGGGAUGGACAAUGCAGUGGAGAUGGGAUGGAAGGAUUACUUCAUGAGAGUCGUGCCAACUGCUUUGGGGACGGCAUUGGACAUAAACCUGAGCAACGCGUCUCUAGUGUUCAUCUCGGUGACAUUUGCUACCAUGUGUAAAUCAGCCUCCCCAAUCUUUCUUUUGAUGUUCGCUUUCGCGUUUAGGUUGGAGAGUCCCAGCAUCAAGCUUCUAGGAAUAAUUGUAGUAAUCUCUACUGGGGUUCUAUUGACAGUUGCAAAGGAGACUGACUUUGACUUCUGGGGCUUCAUUUUCGUGACGCUUGCUGCUGUUAUGUCAGGAUUUCGUUGGUCCAUGACUCAGAUACUGUUGCAAAAAGAUUCCUAUGGCCUGAAAAAUCCAAUCACCCUGAUGAGUCAUGUAACCCCAGUGAUGGCUAUAGCUACCAUGAUACUCUCUCUCUUAAUGGAUCCUUGGAGUGAUUUUCAGAAGAAUGCAUAUUUUGAUAGCCCAUGGCAUGUCAUGCGCAGUUGUUUACUUAUGCUUAUUGGAGGAAGCUUGGCUUUUUUCAUGGUGUUAACGGAGUAUGUACUUGUUUCAGCUACCAGUGCUAUAACUGUAACGAUAGCUGGGGUAGUAAAAGAAGCUGUAACCAUCUUGGUUGCUGUAUUUUACUUCCAUGAUGAGUUCACUUGGUUGAAAGGGGCUGGUCUCGCCACUAUUAUGGUUGGAGUUAGCUUAUUCAAUUGGUACAAGUAUGAGAAGUUCAAAAAGGGACACAUAAAUGAGGAUGAAGUUAAUUCAUCUUCAUUCGAUGGAGAUGCCAAAUACAUUAUUCUAGAUGACUUGGAAGAUCAGGAUGAGUUUCAGGAUGAGGAUACAUAAUUUUGCAACGUGGCAACAUUUUAACUGUCACUUGGAUCGUUAUACCCUGAAACCAUUCAUGUCUGCCUGUUGAUUGAAAUAAUAAGUACUUGUGGAUGUUUCCAUUUAAAAGGGGACAAGGUUACUGCUAGGCUUGCUGAUGUUCUGCGAACUGAACUUAAAAGUGAUCUGCCUGAGCUUGUCUAUCACAAAAGAAGGAAAUGGUUUCUCACUUCUCAUCCUUCAUUUAAUAGUCGGGUCGACUAAGAGCCGACUUCAUCGAAAUUCCCAUUUUUGAGAAGAUUGGCAGUCCGUUGAAAUUAUUGUGACUGUUUAUAUUGGUAUCGACUGAGAAUGGGCGACAUUUGCAUUUUUCUUUCUUCUCUUUGUGCGAGCUUGAACAUGCACAUAUCCAUUCUUAAAACUCCACAUUUUUUGGUGCCUAGGAAUAUUCAUUCUCCAUAGAUCAACUUGUAGGAGUUACCACACAUACCCCCAUAUUUGUUGUUCCCUUGAAAGUUAGGGAGCAGCCUUUGCUUGUAUUUGUACAAUUGUAGCUUGUAAUAUUGUAACUUGUACUGUAACACUUCCAGUUUACUUGGAAUCACGAGUUUUAAAUUUCUGUGUACCAUUUUAUCA